AUGCGACGGCCGAUUGCUCAUGCCUAUGCGCUGAGCACGUUAAAGGAACUUGAGCCGAUGAAUGAUGCCUGUAGUGAAGUACUUCUGAGAAAAUUCGAUGGCAUGGUUGGCAAGGAGGUCGACCUUGGGACCUGGGUCCACUGGUACGCAUUCGACGUGAUCACUUCGAUUACCUAUAGCAACACCUUGGGCAUGAUGGAACAAGAGCGCGACAUUGAACGAAUCAUCGAGUCCAUCGAAGGACGACUCGUCUACAACAGCGUUAUAGGACAAGCACCAUAUCUCCACAAAUAUCUCUUCGGCAACCCGUACGUCAGCAAGAUGGCGAAUCUCAUACCCGCCAUCGCCGUCAUGAACACUUCCAAAUACAUCGUCGCCUUUGCAGCAAAACAAGUCCAACGAUACUACUCGGAUGAGCCCAAGACCUUCGAACUCAAAGACAUGUUAUCAAGGUUUAAACGCUUCAAAGACGAAGAACAGCUCAUCGACGAUUCUCUCAUGAUCAGCCAUUCGGCUGGCAAUAUCUUCGCGGGCUCUGACACGACUGCUGCCUCGCUUCGCUCAAUCUUCUACCAGCUUUGCAAACACAAGACCGCACAUGAAAAGCUGCUUUCGGAAAUCGAUGCCGCGGAUCGAAUGGGAAAGCUUUCUGAUCCCGUGACAUUCGCCGAAGCGCAGGAGCUGCCAUACUUCCAGGCUGUAGUCCGUGAGGCGCUUCGACUGCAUCCUGCUGUGGGAUUACUUCUUGAACGCGUGGUGCCCAAGGGUGGAGCAGAGAUUGGUGGCGUGUUCCUGCCAGAAGGGACGAUCGUGGGUGCAAACCCUUGGGUGAUGGCUCGGGACCCGAGUGUGUAUGGAGAGGACGCAGAUGUGUUUCGGCCAGAAAGGUGGUUGGAAGCUGAUGCGCAGAGAUUGAAAUUGAUGGAAAGAAAUGAUCUUUCGGUAAGUACCAGUGUCGUGAUUGCGGAAGCGAAUGAGAACUUUCCGCUGACGACUUCGCUCCCAUACGCAGUUUGGUGGUGGCGCCAGGACGUGUCUGGGCAAGAAUAUCAGCGUGCUGGAAAUUUCGAAAUUGGUACCACAGCUGUUGCGGAAAUUUGA